AAUCUUCCCUUCAAGUUCUUCUACGCCCGCUUCCGAAACCAAGAGAAAAUGAUGGCUAUGAAGUUCUCAUUCUUAACUCCCAUGGCGCGCAUAAGAUGUUGCAGCCCUUCGAAUCAAAUCUCACUUCCAUCUUCACCCUUGAAGGCGCUCAAGCUCCCUGCGUUUUGGCCAUGGCAAAAGGUCAAGAUGGGUCCGCUGAGUGUGUCUCCAAUGGGGUUUGGAACCUGGGCGUGGGGCAACCAGCUCCUAUGGGGGUACCAGGAAUCCAUGGACACUGAGCUUCAACAGAUUUUUAUUUUGGCUGUGGAGAACGGAAUCAAUUUGUUCGACACAGCUGAUUCUUACGGCACGGGGAGGCUUAACGGGCAGAGCGAAAAACUUCUCGGAAAGUUCAUCAGAGAAUUUCAGGGAAGGCGGCGGAUACGAGAAGACAUUGUAAUUGCUACAAAGUUUGCAGCAUAUCCAUGGCGUUUGACGCCAGGACAGUUUGUGAAAGCAUGCAGGGCCUCUCUGGACCGGCUUCAGAUUGAACAAAUUGGAAUAGGGCAGCUUCAUUGGUCUACUGCAAAUUAUGCUCCUCCACAAGAAUUAGCUCUUUGGGAUGGUUUAGUGGCAAUGUACCAAAAGGGUUUAGUUCGAGCUGUUGGAGUUAGUAACUAUGGACCUAAACAGCUCGUGAAGAUACACGAUUACCUCAAAGCUCGAGGAGUUCCCCUAUGCUCGGCUCAGGUGCAAUUUUCUUUGCUAAGCAUAGGAGAAGAUCAGCAGGAGAUUAAGAAUAUAUGUGAUGCUCUUGGUAUUCGAUUGAUUUCGUAUAGUCCUCUGGGAUUGGGAAUGCUUACCGGGAAAUAUACACCUUCUAAACUCCCAUCCGGACCACGGUCCUUCCUGUUCAGGCAAAUUCUUCCUGGGUUGGAGCCUUUAUUGAGCUCACUUCGAGAAAUAGCACAGAAAAGGCGCAAAACUAUACCUCAGGUAGCAAUAAACUGGUGCAUCAGCAAGGGAACCAUUCCGAUACCUGGUGUGAAGACACUAAAGCAAGCAGAGGAAAAUUUGGGAGCACUUGGUUGGCGGCUCAGCUCUGAUGAAUUGCUUCAGUUGGAAUAUGCAGCUCGGGAGUCACCCGGGAAGAUGAUCCAAAACAUUUUCCAAACAAGAUGAUGAAUGUAAUCAAGGUGAUACCUCACAAAUUUUCACUCUCGGAAGAUGGUGGGAAAAUUGAAAAUGACGUUAAGAACAGGCAAAUCCCUGAGCAAAUUGAGAUUGUGGGAGUUAACUGCAAUUAGAACUGUCUACUCCGAAGAAUGAGCAUCAUGAACACCACAUUAUCUGCCUGUAAUUUCUUCAGUAUCCAGUUAUACAUGAACAUGAAUUCUAAAAUAAACUAACCAUAUGCGUUUAUAUUA